UGAGUCUAAACCUGAGUACUAAAAUAUUCUCCAAAAGUCAAAGUUUAGUUAUUUUAAAGACAUUUUACUCAAAAAGAUGUUAAACUACAGGUCUUUUUCUAUAUCCCUGAGUAAAAACACUGUAUUUAAAAUGCACUUAAGUCACUAAAUACUUUUAACACAUGGUGGUGGGUGUGACGGAGUAAAAUUUGCCUCAAAAUCAUGAAAAAAGCAUCUUUAACCAAGUUAUGGAAUAUUUUCACAGUAUCUUUCAUCAGUUUUGCAAUUUGUAGGCAGUCCCUGGUCCCUUAAACUUUUUUUCAAUAUGUCUACAUACACUUAACAUGCUUUGACCUUCUUAAAAUAUAAAUAAAUUAAUACACAAGCCUGUACUGAGCCUCUUAACAGGCAUAAGUCUAGCCAAAUAUGAGGACUUGUUUGAUAGUGUUUUGUAAAAACUGCUCUCAGUAGGUUUCCUGACACAAGAAUUAAUAUUUACUGUAUUCCAAGGAGCUUAUAAGGAAAUUUUUGGCUUUAAAUGUGUUAAAACUAGAUUUUUAAUGGAGGUGUCAGGCCAAUGUUGUUUAAAUUUGGUAAAAUGAGAUAUCUGGACCGGAACUGCUCUUCCAAGUUUUGGCACUGCAUCAGCUCCAACUUUAAUCAAAAAUGUGUUUUUACUCCUUUUCUCUUAAUUUUUGUGCUUCUUUAUGUUACAGGAUACUCACUACCUGAACUCUGAUGUCUGAAAGCUUCAUUUUAGAGACACAACUUCAACACAAGAGCUGAAAACUGUGAUGAAAAGUGUUAUAAAAAACAGUUUAAGAAGACAAAGCUUCAAGUUGUACGAGCAGAUUAAAUCUUUAACCAAGUUUUGAAUAUUUAUGCAGCAUUUUUCAUCAGUUUUGCACUCUGUAGACAGUCCCUGUACACUGAAACCUUUUUUAUGCUAUUUAUUAAAAAUGUCAACAUGCUUUGAGCUUUUCAAAAUAUAAAUAAAUGAAUAAAAAAAGCCUGUAGUGAGCCUUUUAUAACAGGCACACGUCUAGCCAAAGGUCAGGACUUGUUUGAUUGUGUUUGGUAAAAAUGUCUACCUGGCACAAGAUUUAAGAUUUACUGUAUUUCAAGAACAAUUUUGGCUUUAAAUGUGUUAAAACUAGAUUUUUAAUGGAGGUGUCAGGCCAGUGUUGCUUAAAUUUGGUUAAAUUAGAUAUCUGACUGGAACUGCACUUCAAGUUUUGGCACUGCAUCAACUCCUGAUGUAUUUCAGUAAACUUUAAACCACUCGACUUUAAUCAAUAAUGUGUUUUUACUCCUUUUCUCUUUAUUUUUGUGCUUCUUUACAUUAUGAGAUACUCACUAUCUGAACUCUGAUGUCUGAAAGAUUCAUUUUAGAGCUACAGAUUCAACAAAAGAGCUGAAAACUGUGAUGAAAGUGUUUGAAAAUAAAGUUUAAGAAGUCAAAGCUUCACGUUGCACAAGCGGAUUAAAUCAGGAUCAUUUUCCCUUAAAGGCCUGCGUCACAUUUCAUUCAAAGCCAGCACACACAUACACACACACACACACUCACGUUACUGCGGAAUAACAACACACACAUCUGGCAACAUCAGCUUCCUUCACCUCGCUUUUUGUUCUCUUCUUGUGUCGCUUUCUAAACUCGCUUUCUAAUCCGGUUUAUCGCUUUUACACUCCCAACACUUUCCUCUCCGUUUCACAUGACGGAGAGAGGGAACAUGUGAGGAACAUUCGCUCCCGCAGUUUCUUCACCUCUUUCACACUCAUGGCCAACAACUACCCAAACCACUUUGUUUCACUCGCACGCAGCUGCAAAGACAAUCGAGCCAAGAGAAAAGGCGAACCAACAAAGACGAAGAGAGGUUGAAAACUCACCUCAACGCUGUGAAAAAGUCCUGGGCUCUUCUUUUAAAGAGGGAGUGUGCCUCUUUUCUCUUUGAACUUCUCCAGGAUGGUGCUCUCUCUGCUGCCGCUCAAGUGUCCACUGUGUCCAGAGGGCGUCAGUCUCUCCGCAGCAGAAAGCGACAGGCAGUCGGGCGCCUUAAAGGCACACACUCCAUUUUCUCCCCAACAUCUGAGGAAGGAAACACCGGGCCUCAGGUCACACACACUCCGGCUGAGUGACUGCAGGGUAUCGGACAUGAAAGAUCCGCCCCAACACGCCUUUAACACAACAAGAGGAACUUUUACAACCGCGUCCUGCUGUGCGUAAAACACCGGUGCGUAAAAUCCACCUGAAUCCCCGAACUCGGACCUGAGUUUGCUCGCUCAGGUGGACUCUGUUUGGCGUCCUUUACUCUUAAAGAUCUUCACCCCCUCUUCAUUAAACACCCCAAAGUCUGCAGUCUUAUCAGGGGACUUUGUGAGUGUCCUCGUUAGGUGAGAAAAGGGCGAUUCGGAAGCUGAGGAGCUACAACAGACCCCCCGCAGAGAGACGUCCCCGCGCUCAUUUGUAGCCUCUCUGAUGGGCCAUUGAAGCUCUCUGCUGUUUACACGUGUUUUCUUAAGCCUGCUGCAUCAAAAGCAGCAACAGGCCGCACUUCCAGCCUGCAGGGGAGGAGGAGGAAGGUCAGAGAGGAACAGACACACCCUCGACCAGGGCAGGGAGAUCUAAGCUUCAAUCGAGGAGGGAAGUGUGGAAACAUUGGAAAUCCAAAUAAAGGUCCACAGAUUUUAAAUUGCAACAAAAAAUCUAAGCUUGAAGGAGGUAUUUGGCUUGAUUUGGUUGAGUUGUAUUGGAUUGUGUGAUCAGUUUGGAGUCUCCUUGUCUCAAAGUCUAAACUCGUUUGUGUAAAUAAGACAAAAUACAGGACAUUAUGGUAGAAAGAUUGGAACGAUCCACAGUAUUUGUAACUGGGAAAUCAAAAAUGCUUCAUGCUGAGUCAUGCAGUGGAAAAGACAAGUAUCUAAAGCCAAGAAGCACAAACUAUGAAAUAAAAAGGCCUGCGGUGAAAACAGCAGAUUUUUUCUUUUUGCAGAUGAUGGAUUUUUAAUCAUUUUCAGCACCGACA